GUUUCUGAUGAUCAGCCAAGAUGUCGCAAAUGUUUACGACAUCGAAGCAGCAGCUGUUCAGGUUUACAACGAGCAGGUGGACGAUCUGCUGAACUCUGAACAUCAGAGCGGCAUCGGCCACAACCUGAACGUUCGGGACGGCGGCAUUGUCACUGGACUAACGUGGAUUCGAUGCUCGAAGCCUGACGAGAUGCUAGAAGCUUUCACGCGAGCCCGAGCCAACGUGGUUUAUGCCGAGACCAAGAUGAACAAGGCAUCCAGUCGCAGCCACGCCAUCUUCCAGCUUCGGAUCAGCAAGCGAGAACGCGUCUUUGAAGCAGCGAAGACGGGGCAGAAGGUGGAAUGCACCAUCGCAAGGCUGAAUGUGGUGGACCUUGCCGGAUCCGAGCGAGUCAAGAAGUCUGGCUCUGAAGGCAUGCGCUUCCAGGAAGCGACAAACAUCAAUCGCAGCCUUCUGGCCUUCGG